GCGUCCUGUAUAAUCUGUCAAAUAUAAUUGUAUUUUUUACGUUUACGAGUAACAUUCAAUAAAACACAGUUUAUUAUAAUAUAGUGCUUACAGUGCAAAAAACAAUACAUAAAUUAUUUGUGGGAACAAUUAUUUGUAAGGACAAUUAUUUAGUAAUUGUUUGUCAAUAAUUAAAAGUGAUUUAAACUUAUUGAAAGAAGUUUCUGGAAACGAAAGCAGAUAAAUAAAAAUCGUUAAAAUAAUGUCUCAAGAAGAAGUUGCAAAUUUCAAGAAGCAGAUUUAUUGAACUAGCUCAAGAGAUUGAGCAGACAUUUCUUGACGAAGAUCAGUCUUUAUACUUUCGGCCAUCUCAAGGUCAAUUUAAUGCAGGUGGACCAUUGUAUUCCUCAUUCGAAUAUAUAAAAACUAACUUAAGAAAAAAAAAUUUAUUAAAAGCAUUAGGCCACCGUGCUACUUCAACUAAUUUUAAACCUUCAGAAUCGGUAACUGCUAAAAUUCAAUGGUUGCAAAGUAACACAAGCCCUGAAGAUGAGCUUAUGAUCAACUGGGUUGCAACCUACACUGUUCGAAAACAAUUGAUGGCAGCAGGAAACAAUCAAAUUUCGAUAGAAGAAUAUUUCAACAAAUUCAUUGCGUUGAAAACUAAUUUUGGCAAAGAACUAUUGAAAAGAGAUUUCGAAAAAAUCUUUCCUGGAAAAAGUGCUUUAUUCAUUCAACGUUGGAAAUUAAUCGCUGAUUAUUUUUCUGAAUAUCUAAUAAGACCAAGCGUAGUUUCUACUAUUGACAAGCCAGAAUUUGCACGUCUUUUACCACGAUUGAGCGACGAUGAAAAAGUCGCUGUGAUUUUAUUUUUGCUACCUUGUAUUCUACCAGAUAAUACUCGAAAAAGAGCAGCCACAUCUACCAUUAAUGAAGGGACAAGUAGUGCUACUAGUUCAAGACAAGGAAGAAAUCGAUUGUCUUUAAAAGAACGUCGUGAUUCUUGUUUCCUUCAAAUUGAGGACCCUACAAAUUUCAAUUCAUGCGUUCAAGAACAUCAAAGAUUAUUAAAAUCUUCAGGAUUGAGCUUCCAACCAACAAUCGCGUUUGUCGGCCCUUUGGAUGCUGUUGAAUCGUCUUAUGUUUUUGUCAAUGAAAUCAUAUAUCCUGUAAGUUCUCCAUUAGAAGCACUUAAUCACUGCUUUCAAAUUUUCUGGGUAUUAGAUUGUAAGUAUCCAUUACGUGCAAACAUAAUUUGGUCGUUUUUACAAACUGCUGGAUACCAAAUAACCACGAAAGAUCGUUUAACUCAAGCAGUUGUUACAUUGAAUCAUAACAUCAAUGAAAAAAUAAAUGCUGCUAAUAAUAUUGCCAACCCACCACUAUGAAUUUUAAUAUUUUUUUUUUAAUUUUUUUUUUUCAUAAAAA